AUGCGGGUUCACUAUCUAUUUAUGAUAAAUCUGGCUAUAGCGGAUUUUAUAACUGGCGUGUAUCUCGCCGUACUUGCUGUGCAAGAUGUUCUUACCGGUGAUGAAUAUUAUAGACAUGCAGUUGGUUGGCAGACAGGAUGGGGGUGCGGAAUAGCAGGAUUUUUAGCAGUGUUCUCAUGCGAGCUGAGCAUCACUUCAAUGUUUUUCAUAGCUUUUGAAAUGGCAUAUAAUACUAGCUGUUUGAUUUUCAGAAAUGCCUUUUACGGCCAACGACUGCAAUUCUCUGCUGCAUUAGGUAUGAUGGCAGGAGGAUGGAUUUUUGCCUUGACUAUGGCCAGUCUUCCUCUGAUAGGAGUCUCAAGCUAUUCUACAGCUAGUAUUUGCCUGCCGUUAAGAUUGCACAACAUUGCUGACCGGGUACACAAAAGCUUAUUUAUUUUUAUU